CUCACUUAACAUGUCUCCCACUUAGUAUUCCCUCAGGUAGUAUGGCCGACGGUUCUCCCCGCCCCCAGGGUGGCGCAGUGUCAGGCCGGUGAUCUGCUGGCUCGGAUUGUUCUAGUAGCUGUAGUGUCAUUCGGGGCACCAUGAGCCUCACCCCGCAGGUGUAUUGGGCGCAGAGGCACCACGAGCUAUAUAUCCGGGUGGAGCUCAGCGAUGUGCAGAACCCAGACAUCACCAUUACAGACAAUGUCCUGCAUUUCAAGGCUUUGGGACAUGGUGCUAAAGGGGUUAAUACAUAUGAGUUUUCACUGGAGUUUCUUGAACCGGUGAAAGCAAAGGUACUACAGGGAUCCACUCAACGCCAUGUUAGCCUAACUGUGAAGAAGAGUGAAAGCCGCUGGUGGCCUCGCCUGACCAAGCAGGAACGCAAACCCCUGUUUCUGGUUCCGGACUUUGAUCGCUGGCUUGAUGAAUCUGAUGCAGAGAUGGAGCUCAGGGAGAAGGAAGAAGAGAGAAUAUCAAAAAUUCGCACAGAAUCUAGAGUCCGAGAAGAUCCUUUCCUCUAUGUGAAGCGUGUGUACUUGUUCAUGUACAAUCUGGUGCAGUUCUUGGGGUUCUCUUGGAUAUUUGUCAAUAUGACCGUCCGACUCUUUAUUUUGGGAAAAGACUCCUUCUAUGACACGUUUCACACAAUGUCUGACAUGAUGUAUUUCUGCCAGACCCUGGCUGUUUUGGAGAUUAUAAAUCCCUUAAUAGGAUUGGUGAAAACUGGAGUUGUGCCAGCAUUGAUCCAGGUGCUGGGCAGGAAUUUCAUACUUUUUAUCAUCCUUGGGCAACUGGAUGAAAUGCAAAGCAAAGGGGCGGUCUUCUUUGUGUUCUACUCGUGGAGCGCCAUUGAGAUUUUCAGGUAUCCAUUCUACAUGCUGGCCUGCAUAGACAUGCAUUGGAAGCUGCUGACAUGGCUCAGGUACACCAUCUGGAUUCCACUCUACCCACUGGGGGCUUUGUCAGAAGCUGUUUGUGUCGUCCUGUCAAUGCCUAUUUUUACUGAGACCGGGAAAUUCAGCCUGCAGCUCCCAUCGCCUCUGAAUCUGAACAUCAGCUUCUCCAUCUUUCUUACCUUCUACCUGGUGCUCUUAUUUUUGGGGCUUGCCAUCAAUUUCCGCCACUUGCACAAGCAAAGACGCAGACGAUUGGGAAGUCGGAAGAGAAAGAUGCAUUAAAGUCGGAAAGUUUUUAUUUGUUUUUAAAGCUGAUGAGAAGAGAAUUUAUAAUUUAAAAAUAAUUGUUUUUUUUUUUUUUUUUUCUCUCCCCUCACAAUCUAUUUUUAUUUUUUUAAUUGCUGGGACCAAAGGGUUAAUAAUGAGUACAUUUCUGAGCCCCAUUCCAUCACCCUCAGAGUUCUAGUAACAGGCCUCAUCUGGGCAUUGGUGACAUCUCUGACACAUCUAUAUAGGCCAGUGUUUCCCAACCAGGGUGCCUCCAGCUGUUGCAAAACUACAACUCCCAGCAUCGGCUGUCUGGGCAUGCUGGGAGUUGUAGUUUUGCAACAGCUGGAAGCACCUUGGUUGGGAAACACUGAUAUAGGUAGAUGAAUAUGUGAUAUCACCAACCAUUGGUUUGAAGGAGAACAGUCGUCCAUAAGUUACAUGAAGGUCACAUGACACAUAUUUAGAGCCUUUCCCUACCACAGAGCAUGGGCACAACCUCUACAAAUCUUAGACUACUUAAAUUUGCAUCAGCGGGUUCUGAAGACGUAGUUAAGAGAUGAAUUGAAUCUUUAUAAUUUUUUAUUUUUUUUGUAGUGCGGAAGUAUUCCUGGCAAUAUGUAAAAGCUGCCGUCCAAAUAACUGUUUAUGAUCUGCAUUUGUUAUGGUGCUGUGCCACCAAAGUCACUUUUAUGUUCUUGUGGUAUUGUAUUUUGUGUAAAAUAAAACCAAAAUUGGGAUUUUUUUUCUGUAUCAGAUUCAAUGAUUAUUGUAUUGGAAUAAAAGACAAUAUAAAUGAA